AUGGUUGCCUUUUCUCGCAUCACUUUCGCCUUGGCCGUUGCCGGCUUGAGCUCUGCUCAGUCUUUCUCUGGACCCUUCGACUUUCCCUCGGGCGCUGCUCGACCGACUAGCGGACGUGGUGGUCACGAAGGUGGUCACGGUGGAGACUUCGGCGGUUUUCCUCGCCCCACUGGUGAUUUCCACUCCAAGGGACCUAGGCCCUCCGGUACGGGAUUCUUUGGUGCUCAGCAAGCUCAGCAGAGUGGCGAGGCCUCGUUCCCUACUGGCGGCGACUUCCCUGCCUUCCCCAGCGGCGUUGCUAAGCCAACUGGACACCACGGCCAUCACGGCAAAGGUGGCAAGGGAGGCCCAGCUCCUACGACAGAUCCCUCUCCUGCCUCUGAUCUUGAGCGUCGCCAACAGCCCUUUGGUACACCGCCAGCUUUCUCUGGCAGCUUCCCUGCUGAGUCUGGCUUCCCAUAUCCCUCAGGUGGAUUCCCAUCCGGUGGGUUCCCAGAGAGCGCGGCUCCGCUCCCUACUGGCGGCGACUUCCCUGCUGAAUCUGGCUUCCCAUAUCCCUCAGGUGGAUUCCCAUCCGGUGGGUUCCCAGAGAGCGGAGCUCCGUUCCCUACUGGCGGCGACUUCCCUGCCUUCCCCAGCGGCGCUGCUAAGCCAUCUGGACACCACGGACAUCACGGCAAAGGCGGUAGCCCUAGCGGCCCGACCCCUACGGCAGCUCCCUCUCCUGCCUCUGAUCUUGAGCGUCGCCAACAGCCCUUUGGUACACCGCCAGCUUUCUCUGGCAGCUUCCCAUAUCCCUCAGGUGGAUUCCCAUCCGGUGGGUUCCCAGAGAGCGGAGCUCCGUUCCCUACUGGUGGCGACUUCCCUGCCUUCCCCAGCGGCGCUGCUAAGCCAUCUGGACACCAUGGACAUCACGGCAAAGGUGGCAAGGGAUGCAAUCACAGCGGCCAGCCAGCCCCCACCGGAUUUUUUACGUCUACCAUCCGCGGUGCUUAG